CAAGCUGCGGGGCCGGGCCGGGCCUGCACGUUCUGUGCCCGCGCGGGGGCCGGGCGCGGGAGGGGGCAGGUCGAUGCCCGCGGCGCGGGAUGGAGCCGGCCUGCGAGGUGAGCCGCAGGGGCGGCCUGGCCCCCUUCUCCGGCCCGCGGGCCCUGGCCGCGCCCGAGAGCGCGGGCAGCCCCGGCCCUGAGCCGCCCAAUGGCUGCACGGCGCCGCUCCCCGCCAAGGCGGCCUACGGCCAGGACCCGGCCUCCUGCUACAUCCCGCUGCGCCGGCUGCAGGACCUCGCCUCCAUGAUCAGCGCCGAGUACCUCAGCGGCGCCGCCUCCCCGCGCCCGCCCGAGCCCGCGGCCCUGGCCGGCCCGCAGGCCGCCGGCAGCCCCCAGGCCCCGGCCGAGCUCGGCCGGAGAAGCCUCGCCGGAGCCACCUGCUGCGAGGAGCCGGCGGCAGAGCUGGGCAGGGCCGGGCCUGCAGGCGGCUCCGCGGGCCGCGGGCCCCACGAGCCCAUCGCGGCCGUGCUGUGCUCCCCCUCGCCGCCGGCCGAGCGGCAGGGCCAGGCCCCCCGGGACGCCGCAGGGGGGAAAAGGACGGAGCGGGUGGAGCUGCGCCCGGUGCCCGGGAAGAUCCCGAUCCGAGUGCCGGCACCCUGCGGAGCGCCAUAG